AUGGAUCGUUCUGAGCGUCCAAAGCGGACCUCCAACGCGUGCAAGCGAUGCCGAUCUCGCAAAGUAAAAUGCUCCGGCACACAUCCUUGUGAUAAAUGUCGACAGCGGCGUCAGGAUUGUGUGUUUGAGGAUGAUCGGAAAAUUGUUGUCUCAGAGGAUCGUCGGAUCCUUAACACCAUUCAAGCGCGUCUGAGUCCACACAACUCAACACCGCUACCCCUCGCUGUGGAUGGCGAUGCUUACCAACUCCAGUGGCGACAAGCCAGCUCCGAGGAGCUUCCUGACAUCAGUGGACUGCCAUCCCUGGAACAUGCAAUAUACAUACUGAACACGGUUCAGUUCCAUUUUAGUCAUUUAUACUUGUUGUUUGACGAAGACGAGUUUCUUCGCCAUCUGUACGAGUUCUACGAUAACGCCGAAGUGAAGGUACAAGAGAGCCGUCUCUGGUACGUCCAGUUCUUGAUCGUAUUGGCGUUUGGAGAGGCUCUCUUAGCACCGGUACGAAAGGUUUCCAAUGCUGCCAGCUGGACAAAAUAUUUCUUACGGGCUAUGUCUUUCCUCCCUGACAUUACAGGCUUAUGGCAAGAUCCUGUUCUAGCUAUCGAGGUUCUCACUCUCAUCGGACUUUAUUUCCACUCGAUCGACAUGAGAGAUACCGCAUAUUGCUAUAUCGGGCACGCCAUGCGCAUGGCAUUGGUAGAAGGUCAUCACCGCGCUCCGCCAGUUGAACAACUGGGCCAAAAGCUAGUGGAUCGGUGUCAGAAUAUAUGGUGGACAGUGUAUAUACUGGACCGGAAGUUUUCAUCGUUGAUCGGCUCACCCAACGCAGUCAAGGAUCAUGAGAUAACUACUCCCCUAUACGAUCCGAAAUCGUGUCACCAAAAGGAGGCCGCAUUGAGCCUGCAUGUGCGGAUAACACAGGUUAUCACUCGCGUACUGGACACUAGGGGGCAUCUUCCUCCGAAAGGUUCGGUCAGUCUUGCAGGAAAUGACGGACCUUUCACGCGAGUUGGAGGAUGUCUUCGCGCAUCAAUUUUCAAAUUCCGUAGAAUCGCUAUCUGGCGUCACUACGCGGCUGACGUUAUCCUGCCACCAACCCUGCUCUGGGAACGACUCAGCUGCUUCGAGCAAGGCGAGGUGUUCCGAACUUUAUCAUCACCAGUACAGACCCUUCUGCACGCAUCUACCGACUCCGCAUUAAAAUCAUUAAGAAUCCUAACCGCGCUACGUGAUCAAAACCUCCUUGGACCACCAGAAACCUUCCUCCCCUUCGACCUAGAAAACCUCUUCUCAUCCUUCUUCAUCCUAUCCCUUAUAUCAGCCAUCCUCCCGGACAUCAUCCCCGACCCCAGCUACCGAGACAUGGGUUUCAGUCUACUAGACGACAUGAUCGCCCGGGGAAACCGCGUAGCACAGCUCCGGAAAUCCGAGAUCGUGCAACUAGAGGAAUUAGUGCAGCCAUUGCUCCAGCCUCACCUGCAACCCCUAACACCUGGGAGUAGUGCAAAGCAGGCAGGCGAGGAACGAACGUCAGAGCAGGUGAAUGAUUCCGUGGCUGUUUUGAACGCGGGUAUCAGCCCGGCUCUGUCGGUGCCAGAGGCUGCGGAUGUUGUUCAGGAUGAUGAGAUGCACUUCGAUUGGAGAGAUUGUGGGCUGUCGUUGGAUCAGAUGCUCUCUGUUACGGACCAGUUGAAUGCGAAUAACUUAGUUUUGGAUGCUGAGAGGGAGGGAUUGCAGACUGAUUUGUGGUUGUGGAGUGAUGGGUAG